AUGAAUCAAGAAACAGCAACAACAACACCCCUAUCACAGCUCCCCACCACCAAAAAGCCCACCCGCCAUGAAAAAGGCAGCAAAAAACCACUCCAGAAAUCCUGCAACCCACUUCAAAUCGGCAUCCAAGACUUUGUGACAAACAACAUCCCCCCAGAAACACUUUCCCAAUAUGGCCUCUCACCAGAGACCCUACAAUCAAGUCUCCCAAAACGCUUCACAGUCUAUGAGCCCAUGCUCCUCCUCCCCGUGAAUGCCUUCAGCAGCCCUUCAGCCUGGGGCGCCCUGUACCAAUCUCUAACAGCCCCGCAGCAACAGGCCCUCUACGCCUCGCUCGUGAAGGCCUUCAGCCGCAUGGGCGUAACGCACAUUGCCAUCAACGCGCCCAUUGCGCUAACAGACACACAAGGCCACGAGAACCGCAUGCGCAGUCCCGCGGGCCUUAUCCCGCUGUACGGCGACUUUGGACCUCCUCCUGCUGCUGCUGUUAGUACUGCUUCUUCUUCUGUUUUCGCUGGCGAAGAGGGCCAACCGAGCGACGAGGACCUGGAACGGGCAUUCUGGGUGCGCACGAUGCAGAACCAUGGGAUUGUGCAGGUCUGGGCGCCGCUUUAUACGAUGUUCUCGCGCGGGAACAUUACUGAGAAAGCGCGGGUUUUGGGCCAUGGGGCGGCGCCGUUUGAGGGACUGGAAGUGGGCGAGUUGGGCGGGCAGGCUCUUUCAGAUGUGGGCGUUGUUGAUAUGUAUGCUGGGAUUGGGUAUUUUGUGUUUUCGUAUUUAAAACGGGGGGUGAGGCGGGUUUGGGGGUGGGAAAUCAAUGGGUGGUCGGUUGAGGGGCUUCGACGAGGGUGUGAGGAGAAUGGCUGGGGGUGUAGGGUUGUUAGAGUCCGCGAGGAUGGAGGGUUGAGUGAGAGUUUGCUGGACUUGGUGGGCAGCUUGAAGGAUACAGAUCGUGUGGUCCUCUUUCAUGGAGACAAUCGGUUUGCGGCGGAUAUUUUGGGGGAGAUUCGUGGUGUGAUGGAAGGGAAGGAGAAAUGGAAUCGCAUUCGUCAUGUUAACUUAGGGCUUCUUCCGACGUCUGUGGAUGCAUGGGGGAAUGCGUGCAGGAUGAUUGAUGCGGAGUUGGGCGGUUGGGUCCAUAUGCAUGAGAAUGUGGACGUCCGCGAGAUCAAGCAGAAGAAAGGGGAUUUCACUCUGGAGAUUGGGAGGUUGCGGGCUAAAGCUCUUAGGAUGCAGGAUCCUGCUGUUGCUUUGGCCGAAUGUCGACAUGUCGAACAGGUCAAGACUUAUGCACCAGGGGUUAUGCAUUGCGUCUAUGAUAUGAAGCUGCUGGCUUGCAAUAGUGGCGGCGAAGGCAGUGUAUACAUAGCCAGAGAUCACCAAACCGGCAAAGAACUAGCCAUAAAGCUCUAUCAUGAGCCAGCAGGCUACAGAUCGUAUCAUCGUGAGGUCAGUGGGUAUCGCUACCUGGCCGGACUCAUGGGAGUCCCGAAGUUCUACUGGGCAGGACAAGAUCAACGAUACCAUGCCACAGCCAUUGAACUCCUGGGGCCCAGCCUGGGCCAUUUGUGGCGCGACUGUGGGCGCAGGUUCUCCCUGAAGACUGUACUCUUACUAGCAGAUCAGUUGAUAUGUCGGUUUCAGGAGCUUCACUCGAGAAACUGUGUCCAUCGUGAUAUUAAGCCAGAAAACCUUCUUAUAGGAGUUGGGAGGAAGGCGAACAGGGUCUAUGUGGCGGAUUUAGGCUUAGUCAAGAGGUAUAGUGCACUGAGCGACCAUCAGAUUUUGAAGAGGGAGCGUCAAGAUAGGCGUGAAUGCCAAAGGAAUCCAGGGGUUGGCGUGGGUUUGCAGGGGACAGAGGUAUAUGCAGGUUGGCGGGCGCAUUAUGCGAAGCAACAAUCCCCCCGCGAUGACAUGGAAAGCCUAGGAUAUGUGCUCAUUCGCCUCCUCAACGGCCACCUUCCGUGGGAGAGGUUCUGGGCAGCAACUGGUACAGACUUGGAGAGACAAAUAGCCGUGGCUGAGAUGAAGCGCAAUAUACGGGUCGAAAAGCUUUGCAAAGGCCUGCCGCCUGCGUUCAAUCUAUACUUCCUGCAUGUCUUUUUGAAGGCGACGCCUGACUACGCCUAUCUGCGUGAGAUUUUCCGUAGACUGUUUCGGCGUGAAGGGUUCAGAGAUGACCAGAUAUAUGACUGGACAUUCAAACAGGAGGCGGAGCUUCUACGGCAGCAUUGCAAUAAUAGGCUCAAGGAAAGAGUGAAACAGUUCCUAUAA